GGGAAGGUUGUCGGCAAUAUUUUGAUAACAAGUGCAUGUGCUUGGCGCGUAUAGCGAGUUUUAAUUUAAUUGUGACUUUCUUAUUUGAUAUCAUGUCUGGAAUUAUUGCAUUUUUAAUAAUAUAUUUGUUAUUUGAAGUAUAUUUAGCACUGCUAGUUUUGUGAAUUAUUACCAGGUAUUUUAUACGGCAGUUGACAGUCAUGGAAGCAGAUGAUAAACCGUUUGCUUGUUCUUUUGCCGGGUGCAAUUUGCGGUUCACAAAUGAAGACCAUCUUACAGUUCAUAAGAAGAAGCAUGACAUGGCUUUGAACUUGGAAAAUGGACAAAAGACUAAUGUGUUUGUUGCGGACCAGACUCCUACACCAACCCGCUUCAUUCGUAACUGUGAAGAAGUUGGCCUGUUUCAAGACUUACAGAAUGUCAAUCCAUUUGAGGAAACUUUCCGCAAAGCUGUUGAAGCUGCAAAGACUGGAGUAGGAUCCUUGCAUGAGGUGGAUUCCUUGAGUGUACCCACAGGAAAUGAUGAUACACUUCACACACCACACGUGUUCCCCCACAUUAUAGAAGAUACAACUUCAAACAGCAGUUCAGUUUACAAGUCUGUGACUGCUUCUUUUAUUUCAUCUACAUCAGUCAUUACUGAAAAUGGAAGAAAGAAGCCAAGUCUAUGCAGUGAUGACAGUACGUCCCAAAGUCCACGACACGAGCUGGAUCCAUUGCUGCAUCCUACGUCGACAACUGAAGAUGGCGAGUGCCACAGAGAGAUAAUUACAGGACACAUACUGAAGGAGAGGAGGGUUGUUGUGGAACUUGGUAGCAGUACAAAGGUUGUGCGGCAGGAAGCAGACACUUCAGAGCACCAGGAGAAAACUUCCAGUCAGAUCAUAACUGACAACACAGGAAGUAAAAGUGGGCUGGGAAUUGGCACUUUGAGCACAGAACCACCAGAAGUAGUAUCAUCACAAACUUUGUCAAGUGCUGGUGGUAACACUGUACAGCUCUUACUGCGAAUGCCUGAUGGUAAACUCCUGCAAUUGUCUGCCCUGCCAGUGGAACAUGUUACGCCUUCAGGAGCAAAUCAACUUGUGCAACCAUCACAGGUGGAAUCACAACCAGGACCAAUGCAGAAUGCAGCAGUGGUACUUACCACCACACGUCCUGCAGCUGUUGCAACAACAGUACCAGUAGUCCGACUAGAAAAAAACAAAUACCCCACCCCUACUGUGAAAACAUCAUCAGCGCCAGUAAAACAACCUGCAGGCCUAUCACUUGCCAAACUUAGACUGAAGCAGACACUUAUAAGCAAUAACCGAACUCAUGCAACCAACAAAGAAUCACCACCAAAACAAUCCUCAGCGAAAGUAUCAGUGCCUAAAGUUAGAAAGACAGUUCCUGAUGUGUGUGGCACAAGUCCUGUUAGUGCAGCACCAGCAAGGAGAGCUUCUUCAUCCAGUGGUGGUGAAGAUCCAGGGAAAAAACGACAGAAGUUCCUGGAGAGAAACAGAGCUGCUGCAAUGAGGUGCCGAGAAAAACGAAAAACAUGGAUUCAAGAACUAGAGAGGAGCUCAGAGGAGAUGUUGACAACGAAUCAGCAGCUGCAGUUAGAAGUAGCAACGUUGCGAAGAGAGGUAGCAGACCUGAAGACUCUCUUACUUGCACAUAAAGACUGUCCCAUUACCCAGGCCAUGACACAAGGAUCCAGUGUUCCAUCACCAUCUGGUUCACAGCCAUUGCAGCCCCAAAUUAUUGCUCUUCCAGUCACAAACAGCAUACUGCCAUCAGCACAUACUACCACAUCUACUUCAUUGCUCCAGCAACAUCUUACAACAGCUCCUCAAGGUCAACUGAUUCUUGUUAAUGGAUCUACUAAUCUGAAAAGAGGCUGCAGUGAGCCUAUUCUUACUCCAAGAAAGAAACUGACAGCUAAUCAAGCAUCACCACUUAUCCGUCAGGCACUUCUCCUCCCUUCAACUCAAGCUGAGAGUAUUCAAGUUAUAAAUAGUGGUGCAGUGAAAACAGUAACAACCAUGAACAAGAAUUCUCAGGGUGGUAGUAUGGCAGUGCAGUCUGGAGUUCUUGUCACAAAUCCAGUCAUAACAACAGGAAAUCAGUUGUCCAUUUCAGCUGUCAUUCAGAACUCAAACUAUCAGCAGACAUUCAUUGUCCCAAAAAUAUGUUUGCCAGCUUCUGUUACACCAGUUGUCACAGAUGUUGACAGAAUCAUUCAAGGGAAUCAAACUCUGAUUACUGAUGCUGGUAUUCAGAGAAAAAUGGGUGAUGUAAGUGAUAAUGAAGUAGGAACCAAUGUGAUAAAAAUUAAUCCAAAUGUAAUGCGGAAAUCAACUGACAGUGUAAUCACAGGAGAUUUAACAGCAGACAUACAUGCAACUAGUGAUCAAGACAGUGACAUUGAAAUUAUUGCUGAAGUUCAGUCGUGUAAUGAUAGUAGGUGAGAAUUAAUUGCCACGAUUUCUUAGCAUAAAGAUUUAUUCAUUACAUUACUGUUUUGUAGUGUAUAUUAUAGACUAUUUAUUAUUUACGUAUGAGAGAGAAAUAUUGGCAUAUUUUUUUACAGUUAGGUUUUAAAAUCUUUAAAUAAUUUUUAUUUAAUAAAAAUGAUAUUUUAUUGUUAA